CACUAUUCCAAAAAAGUUGCUAAACCCUGCUCUAUAGUAUCUCAGAUGAAAUUGCAUCUUUAAUGUUAUAAGCAGAGUAAUAUUAAAAUACUGAUCUUUUUCAAAGGCAAACUACUGUUUCACACAUCUUGGAGGCCCAGUAUUCUCUAGUAAGACUAGACUCUCUAGCAAGUCUUCAGCAUUGCUUCAAGAGACCCAUCUCCUGCUAUUUGUAUUGCCCUGCUUAAAAGGAAUAUGUUUAAGGAAGUCAGACUAUACACCCAAUAGGGAAAAUAUUAAAAUUAGUUAUGAACCUAGCUUCAGCAGUAGCCUCUCUUUUGGGUUUAGUCACUACUUUCAAGGAAUCUACAUUGUAAUGUGUUGAAUGGUCCCAAGAAUGAGCAUAUAGAAUGACAGACUGAAAUGUUGUUCUUGACGCUUGCAAAUAACACCUGAAGUAAUAUGUCUUUUUUUUUUACAAAUACCAAAGUGUGUGGAAUAGAAUUUGCUUCAAGUUGUUUUUUUCCCCCCAUAGUGUCUCCUAAAUAGUAGUGCUGAUGUUUAUCCAGUCUACAUGCCCGUUUCCAGAAGAUGAGUAUUUGAUGCCAACUGUUGAUCCGAGACUACUUUCACAAAGUUGCAAGCAUUGUCAUAGAGCCUGAAGUCUUAUCAUCCAAAAAAACAAAGGAGCAAAAGACAAUUUGUGAAAUCAGUUCUUUCCUAGUUGAGCAUAGAACACACAUCUCUAAUGUGACAGGUUGCAGGACCAGAGUGUGCUUCCAAGAAUUGAUAAGACAGAAGCAGUCUCCUCCAGCCAAGAAACCAGCAAAAGUAUUUCACAAUGGAUAUCGAUGAUGAAGAAAAUAUGAGAUCCUGCAACGAAGGCAUUGUAAGUUACUCUUUCUGGGCACCACAGGUUCAAGCAGCAUUGACGUUAAAGAAAACCGCAACAUGGACAACGUUACACCUAAGGAUGGCAGUGUGCAAGGUGCCGGGGAGGGAACUCAGCUCUCCAAUGGUGGUGGCAACAGCAGCAGGAAACGUCCUUUGGAGGAGGGCAACAAUGGCCACUCCAAGUUCCGCCCUAAGAAGAGGAAGAAAACACCAGGGCCUGUUUUGCCAAAGAAUGCACUGAUGCAACUAAAUGAAAUUAAGCCUGGUUUACAGUACAAGCUUCUUUCCCAAACAGGACCAGUUCAUGCCCCUAUUUUUGUGAUGGCAGUUGAAGUUAAUGGACAGAUGUUUGAGGGAUCUGGCCCUACAAAAAAGAAAGCAAAGCUUCAUGCUGCUGAGAAGGCUCUAAGAUCUUUUGUUCAGUUUCCAAAUGCCUCUGAAGCACAUCUAGCAAUGGGAAGAACUCUCUCUGUAAACACAGACUUUACAUCUGACCAAGCAGACUUCCCAGAUACGCUUUUCAAUGGAUUUGAAACUCCAGUUCAGUCUGACAAUUCUUUCUAUUUAGGAUCCAAUGGAGAUGGAUCCUUUAGCUCCAGUGGUGACUACAGUCUGUCAGCAUCCACUGUGGCUAGUAAUCUUAUCCAGUCACCCCUUCCCACACCAUCACCAUAUCCAUCCACAAGUGGAAAGAACCCUGUAAUGAUUUUGAAUGAGCUCAGGCCAGGGUUAAAGUAUGAGUUUCUUUCAGAAAGUGGAGAAAGUCAUGCUAAGAACUUUGUGAUGGCAGUGGCAGUGGAUGGGCAAACGUUUGAAGGAUCAGGAAGGAACAAAAAACUUGCAAAGGCUCGGGCUGCUCAAUCAGCUCUUGCAUCUUUAUUUAACAUGCAGCUGGACCAGACACCCUCUCGCCAGCCCAUUCCCAGUGAGGGGCUCCAGUUACAUUUACCACAGGUUUUAGCUGAUGCUGUUGCACGCUUGGUUGUAGAUAAAUUCAGUGAUUUGACUGAUAAUUUCACAUCUCCCCAUGCACGUAGAAAAGUUCUUGCUGGAGUUGUCAUGACGACAGGUACAGAUGUGAAGGAUGCCCAGGUAAUAAGUGUUUCCACGGGAACAAAAUGUAUCAAUGGGGAAUAUAUGAGUGACCGUGGACUUGCAUUAAAUGAUUGCCAUGCAGAAAUUAUCUCUCGCAGGUGCCUGCUUAAAUUUCUAUAUACACAACUUGAGUUCUUCUUAAGUAAUAAAGAUGAUCAGCUAAAAUCCAUUUUUAUCAAGUCUGAACGAGGAGGGUUUAAACUGAAAGAAAAUGUGCAAUUUCAUCUCUAUAUCAGCACCUCUCCUUGUGGAGAUGCUAGGAUCUUCUCCCCACAUGAAGCAGCACAAGAGGAUCAGGGAGACAGGCAUCCAAACCGUAAAGCAAGAGGACAGCUACGGACAAAAAUAGAAUCCGGAGAAGGGACAAUUCCUGUCCGCUCUACAACAACUAUCCAGACCUGGGAUGGAGUACUACAGGGAGAGAGGCUGCUUACCAUGUCAUGCAGUGACAAGAUAGCUAGGUGGAACGUGUUGGGUAUUCAAGGAGCCUUACUUAGCCUCUUUGUGGAGCCAAUUUACUUCUCUAGCAUCAUCUUGGGGAGUUUAUAUCAUGGGGACCAUCUAUCCAGAGCAGUAUACCAGCGGAUAGCAGAGAUAGAAGAUCUACCAACUCUGUAUACACUCAACAGACCUUUACUUAGUGGUAUUAGCAAUGCAGAAGCCCGCCAACCAGGAAAAGCACCUAACUUCAGUGUAAACUGGACAGUAGGAGACACAGGUCUGGAAGUUAUUAAUGCUACAACUGGCAAGGAUGAAAUAGGCCGUGCAUCUCGCCUUUGUAAGCAAGCUUUGUACAGUCGCUGGAUGCGUAUUCAUGCAAAGCUUUCCUCCAGCCUGCACUCAAAGAUCCUCAAACCUAACCUGUACCAUGAAACAAAGCAAGUAGCCACGGAGUAUCAAACUGCCAAAGAGUGUUUGUUUAAAGCAUUCCUGAAGGCAGGGCUUGGAGCCUGGGUGGAGAAACCAAUAGAGCAGGAUCAAUUUUCUCUCACUGUCUAAUUCAUGAACUACACAUCGCUUUCAGAAAAGGGGUCGCUCUGGAAAUCCUGGUGUCCAGCAUCUUUUUCUGGCAUUUCUACAGCUGUCAGUAUAUCUUCUAAGCAUUUUUUUUCUUUUCUUUUCUUUUUUAACUGACUAGCAACUAGUUUUAUGUUUUGCCUGAAUAUUGGAAGUUGGUGAUAGGUUGAUACAAUAAUUCUAUGUUUUGUAAUUAAUAAGUCUUGUUGGUGGACUUCUAGAAAAUCCUUUUACUGUAAACAAAAAAAAAAUUACAGUAAGUUUGUCUUUCCAGUACAAGAUAGCUCAUUUUUUCUGGGUGAGAAAUAAUUCCUUUUUUACUGCAGUGUAGGCAAGUGCUUGAAAAUGUAAUUUCCAUUAGGUUUUACACUCAGUUUUUUUAGUAAAUAGCUUGAUUUUUUUAAGACAUGCAUUACAAAGUUAUUUUCUGCUCAUCUGUUAUCUUGGUUUUGAAUUGUAGAGUUUCCUAGCAAAUAGAUCACAAAGCCAGAAUGGAGUUUGGACAGCUAGUUUUUCCCCACUUCCUUGCUCUUUAAAACCAG